AUGUCUCGCGCGCGCAUCGUCCGCAGCGCGCUCUCGACAAAGCCGCAGCCUGGCGGCGGGCUCGGUACUUUUACGCUGCCGUGCCGCAAGAUGGUCAUUGAAUACUGCGAAAAGAGCGCGGCCAGCAAAGGCACGAGGGACUUUUUGCUGAACCAGCUCGCGCCGCUUGCGCGUGCACACCCCUCGGUCGAGUUUGUCGUCCAGCCACGCCCGCAGCGUGCACCGCUCCUGCGUGGAUUCUACUUGAACGGCCGCACGAAAGAAAUGUCGACGCACAACCUCCCGGCGACGCAGAUCGGGCCCAAGGCGCAGCAGAUCCUCGACUCGAGCGGCAAGAAGACGCAUGGGCUCAAGCGCAACACGGUCGAGUCCUCGAGCGAGUCGGCACGCGGCAUUUGGAGUCCGCUGCACGAUGAUCCCCGCGAACUUUAG